UUACAGCAGGAAGACCAAUCAUGAAUGUUCCGAAAGAAGUAAUCUUGAGAUCUGUAAAAGGAGGAGAUGUUACAGUUAGCGGUUCUUCAUUGUUAAAACGAGGAGAAAAAUUAAAAUCACUUUUAUUGAAAUCUACUUUACAAACACCAGCUAUUCUACUACCACUGUCGGUAAAUGUACUCCGCGUUAUUGCCAAGUACUUAGAAGAUGAUGAUUAUGUGUUUGAUCGCCAAUCAAUCCCUUUCGAAACUGCAAUACAGACAUUUAGCGCUAGUAAAAAUUUUGAAAUGAAUAAGCUGAAGAAGGUCACUUUGACAUACCUGAAAAAGUCAAUAAUCGAUGGACACGUUUGUCACAUCUAUGAUUGGGCAUGCAUUCAACAAGAAAAGCAUCUUGAAUAUCUGUGCUGGAAAGAAUUCGACAUUUCGUGGAAGAAAAUCUUCGAGAGUGAAGACUUCUUUAACUGUCAAGAAGCCACUAUCAGAAGAUUACUUAUCUGUCCCAUUUACUCUACUCUGUCUGAGCUUGAUCUCCUCCAUGGAAUUUAUCGCAGAGCCAUGUGGAAAGUGAUGAAUGGCCAACGUUUACCUCCUGCUAGUGAAGUGAUCAGACCUUUGCUUCCAGCCAUCAGAUUACUUACAAUUGAUCUGUCAGAUCUAGAGAAGCACGUAUUUAAUCUCGGUAUCCUGACACCACAAGAGAUUAACUGGAUAAGAUCCUAUUUCAUAAACAAAGAUUUGCCAUAUAGAUCAUGUUUUAUUUGUAACAAAACAGCAAAAAGAAACAUGGACGUUUAUCACACGCUGUUUGACAAAUGGAAUUGCCAUAAUUUCAAGAACAAUAAGAAUAUUAAUGUGAGACCUGGCCAUUCGUUCAGAGCGAAACUUUUUAUAAGGAAGGAAUGUUUUGCAUAUGCAGUGAAGCUUCCCAUACGUCAUCAACUGGACGAUGGCAUUGGCAUUAGUUAUGUAGCAUACAAAAACGGAAAACAUUUCUCUUCUGAUAUUCUUAGCUGCAAUAAAGACGGUGAAAUAAAUCUGAAUGUACCUGAAUAUCUGAAAGAGUUUAACAUUUAUGACUUUACGUUUAUGAUAUCGGGUGAAUACACAAAUUGGAGAAGUGGAAUUUAUAUUAUCUCUCAUGCUGACUGUUACAUCUGUAAAGCAGAUUAUGAUGAAUUGAGUCGUAAAGAAAGUAAAGAAUGGUUCGAAUUUUAUUGUGACAUUUUGCUGCAAUUUUGAUAUUAAUGUUAACACUGUAAACACUGUUUG